UCCUCUGAGCUCCUUUGGGACGUGCGAGGAGGGGGAUGGAGGCUGGGAAAGGGGACCCUCCACACCACACCCAUGGCCUGCUACGACCUCUGCCGACCCUGCGGACCCACCCCGCUGGCCAACAGCUGCAACGAGCCCUGUGCCCUGCAAUGCCAGAACUCCAGGGUCAUUAUUGACCCUUCCCCUGUGCUGGUCACCCUGCCAGGACCCAUCAUGACCUCCUUCCCCCAGAACACCGUCGUUGGAUCCACCUCCUCGGCUGCUGUUGGGAGUGAACUCAAUGCCCAGGGACAGCCCAUCUCUGGUGGAUUUGGUGGCUUUGGUGGCUUUGGUGGCUUUGGCUACGGCCUUGGCUAUGGCCGUGGAUUUGGCUAUGGGCUGGGAGGCCUGGGCUGCUAUGGCAGAAGGGGUGGCUACAACUGCUAA